AUGUCAUACGCCAGGUGUGUCGUGACUCCUGAUCCAACCAUACCAUCAACCCUGGGCCUCCAGUUUUCACAUACAAAGUACGCCAAACUUUGCGCCAUGUUCCUGAACAAGAAAAUCCGAGGGACCGAUAGUUGUAACUUCGUAUACGACCAAAUUAAGGCAAUCAACAUGAGUUUCACCAUCUCGUGGACCAACGAAGGCGAUGACUUUCUCUUCGAAAAUGGGCAAGGUGCUGUGUUUUGGGAACGCGUUAUUGGCCUAUGCAUCACUAUAUUGCCUCUGCGGAUGCGUAUUACAAAAGAGCUAGAAUGGACCACGUUUAAAGAGAGGCUUGAAAUUUCCGAUGAAGAGUGGUCGGAAGCUUGGGAUGUUGCGGUUCUUGAUAUGCCAGAGAAUACCCCUCUUGACGACGAUAUCACGACAGUCGUUCAGGAGGGCGCGAAGAUAAUGAGGAGUAUCACUCGGCUCGGUUCACGGUUUAGUAAACGAUUUCGAUUUCCGAGGUUCUCAAAGAAUGAGAAGAAGGGUCAGGAUGGCGAGGUGGCAAAGGAAACUACUGCUGCUGCUUGGAUCUCAUAA